AUGAGGCCUGGAGAUAAACUAUUUGAUAAAAUUGAUAGUGCAAUAAGGGGCUGCAAGGUUGGUGUUGCUGUGUUUUCGCCUCGCUAUUGUGACUCGUAUUUUUGCCUUCAUGAACUGGCCCUAAUCAUGGAGUCCAAUAAGAAGGUCAUUCCUAUAUUCUGUGACAUCAAGCCCUCUCAGCUUCGUGUCGUGGACAACGGGCAAUGUCCGCCGGAGAAGCUACAAAGUUUUAGGUUGGCUCUUCAAGAGGCUAGGAAUACCGUAGGGUUGACAUACAACUCCUCAAAAGGGAACAUGGCAGAUUUUGUAACAACUGCUGCAGACAUUGUAAUCAACAGCCUGAGGGAGACUGAGAACUAA